AUGUUUAGGAGGACAAAAUCAUCUCAGAAUAAGGGAGCCAAAAAAAUUGCAAAAGUAGUAUCAGAUAACUUGGGCAAUGAGAAUGGGAAUGCUGGAAGAUCUGAACAUCAAAGCCAACACACUAGUAGCAAGCAUCAUAAACAGGUCAAGGUGCAGCAACAAAAAUCUAAGGAAAAUGUACGAAAGCAACAAGAGGAGAAACAGCCAAGUAAGCAGCGAGUAUGGAUUGCUAAGAAAAAGAGGUCCAAGGAGGAACCGAAAAAACCUGCUCAGAGAAUGAUGAAACAUAGACACAAGGACAACAAUCACUGUGCUAUAGAGCCAGGAAGCUACAAAGGGACCGGACAUACUUCCAUAAGUACUAAAAGCAAAGCUACUCCGGGAAAAUCCCCAAGUACUCAUAAUACAGAGGCCUCCUCUGAAGUAGGCAUUAAGAAACAGGAGGAAACUGACAACUUGUCGGACUUAGAGUCACAACACUCUCGUACUAGCUCACAUACAUCACAACACUCUCUUACUGAAUCACAAGCAUCGGGACACUCUCUUGCUGACUCCAAAGCAUCAAGGUUCUCUCAAACUGAGUCUCAUGCAUCAGAAUACUCUCACGCUGAGUUAGCAGAAGACUCCCAGCCUGAGGCCGAAUCAUCCGAGAAUUCUCAAGCUGAGACUGAAUCAGAAAAUUCUCACUCUGAGACUGACUCUUCAGAAGACUCUCAGCCCAAUACUGACAUAUUGCUUCGUUAUACAAAACAAGUAUCAGACCUGUUCGAGUUCCUGGGCCUUCCACCUUACUUACGCACAAGAGCAGCAUUCGAGCAAGUUCCUCAUACAUUAAAAGAAUUCCAUUCAAGUAAAGUCAAGAAUGACGAUCAGUCGAACAGUGUCAAGCUGGAGAAUAAGGCAAAAUAUGAUGUGUGGAAUGAAUUUAAUGCGACAUAUAAGAAUAUCAAAAAGUGUGAGUUAAACGAAGGAGAUAAUCAUUAUGUCAAUGGUGUCAAAGACGUGUUUGAUAGAGCAGAGAGGAAAGCAAAGGAAGAGCGAGAAGACUACAAAGAGUAUCUCAUAGACAAUAAUGAUCACGAGAUUAUAAAGAAACUUAUGGCAGAGUACGAUAAGGGCAUAAAUGAGAAAACUCAAGCUUGUAUCAAGACGGCUAUGAGAGCCAGACUGAAGGCACACAUAAAAGAGCUCGAAGAGGAGGAAAAGAGAAGAAGGUAUAAAGAACAGUUUUCAUACACGCCGCCAUGGUAUACUAUCCGAGGGACAUCAGCAACUCCUCAGCACACAUCCUCGUUGCCAAGAAGUGUUCAGAAUAAUUCUGAUGCACCUCCUGGAUCCUGGUCUGCUAGCCAAACACUGGACUAUCUGGCCAGGUUGUGA